AUGGCGUUGUCCAAGCACAUACACCGGAUAGCGGUCAUCGGCGCUGGGCCAGCCGGCCUUACUUCUGUGAAAUACCUACUGGCAGAAAAAUGCUUUGAUACGGUAGAUGUCUUUGAGCGAAGAAGUCACAUGGGGGGCGUGUGGAACUAUAGUCCUGGAACGCUGAAGGAGGCUGUUUCCACGCCAGUACCUCAACUCAGUCCGGACGAAGACAUACAGGAACCAGUCUGGCUUCCUCGGGAUGCAUCCAGGCCGAACCAAGAGCCUACUUUUAUCUCCCCAAUAUAUGAUACUCUGGACACGAAUCUGCCGAAGGAGUUGAUGGCGUUCGGCGAGAAGCAAUUUCCAUCCGAUGUGCAGGAUUUCCCAAGGCAUUUCACGGUCAAAGAAUACGUGAGGGAGUAUGGGGAGGAUAUCAAGAAACAUAUUCAGUUUGAAACCCAGGUUCUGGAUGUUCAAAAGGAUAGCAGCACAGAGACUUGGUCAGUGACAACACAAAGCCUCCGCAGCGGGACUACGACAACUAGUUCCUACGAUGCUGUUGUGGCUGCAAGUGGCCAUUUCGACGUCCCAUAUCUACCAGAAAUCCGGGGCAUCGUGAGCUGGAAUAACGCCUACCCUGGUGUUAUUACACACUCCAAGUUCUAUGACGUGCCAGAUCCCUUCAGGAACAAGAAGGUUGUGGUUGUUGGAAGUUCCGCAUCCGGGCUUGAUAUCGGCAACCAGAUCAGUAAAGUCUGUAAAGGAAAGGUCCUCGCAUCACAGCGGACGGAUCUUUAUGUGUCACCUUCCACAGCCAUGGACAAAGCCUAUUACCCCGAAAUUGUGGAGUUCCUUCCUCCUGCUACACACGAGAGGGCUGUUCGAUUUGCGGACGGAAGGGUUGAAGACAAUAUUGACGCUAUCAUCUUCUGCACUGGUUUUCUUUAUUCUUUCCCUUAUCUCUCCUCUCUCACUCCUCCCAUCAUUACACAUGGCCGCAGAGUAGAGAACACCUACCAGCAUCUUUUCUACAUCCAUGACCCUACCCUUGUUUUCCCAGUCCUGCCCCAAAGAAUCAUUCCUUUCCCACUCUCUGAGAACCAGGCUGCAGUAUUCUCCCGCGUCUGGUCCGGUCGCCUCAAGCUUCCGUCUACAGCAGAAAUGAAAUCAUGGGAAAAUUCGGCUGUCGCCCAGAAAGGCGAUGGUCCUGGAUUUCACCUUAUGCCUUACCCACUAGACGCCAAUUACCUAAACAUGCUCCAUGAUUGGGUAUCUACAGCCGAAUCACGCCCCGGGCUUGUCAAUGACGGCAAUGGCAAGCCGUGCAAUCGUUGGGGGAGGAAAGAAAGGUGGAUGCGAGAGAUGGUUCCUGAGAUGCGCAAAGCAUUUUUCAGCAAGGGCGAAGAACGGCGUUUGGUCAAGACCCUGGAAGAACUUGGGUAUGACUUCAACCGAUGGCGGACUGAGCAAGACCACUUCCCAUAG